UCAUGCCAGGACAGAGCCAGAAGGCAGUGCUGUGGCACCUGUGGUGGUCACAAGUGUCUUGGCUCCUAGUCCCAAGCCCACCCUACCAGCUGCUCUACAGUGUUCUGUGAUGUCCAAAACCAAUCCGAUUGUCCUUGAGGAACAUGGUGAAACGAGUAGCAGUUGUGGGAGCUGGGGUCAGUGGCCUGGCCUCCAUCAAGUGCUGCCUGGAGGAAGGACUGGAGCCCGUCUGCUUCGAGCGGAGCAGUGACCUGGGGGGACUCUGGAGAUUCACCGAACAUGUUGAAGAAGGAAGAGCCAGUCUUUACAAGUCCGUGGUUUCUAACAGCAGCAAGGAGAUGUCUUGUUACUCAGAUUUUCCUUUUCCAGAAGAUUACCCAAACUUUGUGCCAAAUUCUCUAUUCCUGGAAUAUCUCAAACUGUAUGCAAGCAAGUUCAACCUUCUACGAUGCAUUUGUUUCAAUACCACAGUGUGCAGUAUAACAAAACGCCCGGAUUUUGAUGUCUCUGGACAGUGGGAAGUUGUCACUAUCCAAGGACAAGACAAGACGCAAAGCUCGGCCAUCUUUGAUGCUGUCAUGGUCUGCACUGGCUUUCUAACUAACCCUCACUUGCCCCUGGAUUCCUUUCCAGGUAUACAAACUUUUAAAGGCCAGUACUUCCACAGCCGACAGUAUAAACAUCCGGACAUAUUUAAGGACAAGCGAGUCCUUGUGGUCGGAAUGGGAAAUUCUGGCACAGACAUUGCAGUGGAGGCCAGCCACUUAGCAAAUAAGGUGUUCCUGAGCACCACCGGAGGGGCAUGGGUGGUCAGCCGAGUCUUUGAUUCGGGGUACCCUUGGGACAUGAUAUUCACGACACGAUUUCAGAACAUGUUCAGAAAUUCUCUCCCAACUCCAAUCGUGAAUUGGUUGAUAUCAAAAAAGAUGAACAGCUGGUUCAACCAUGUGAAUUAUGGUGUGGCUCCAGAAGACAGGGUUCAGCUGAGAGAGCCCGUGCUAAAUGACGAGCUCCCAGGCCGCAUCAUCACUGGGAAAGUGCUGAUCAAGCCAGGCAUCAAAGAGGUGAAGGAAACCUCUGUCAUAUUCAACAACACCGCAAAGGAAGAGCCUAUUGACAUCAUCGUCUUCUCCACUGGAUACACCUUUGCGUUCCCCUUCCUUGACGAAUCGAUAGUGAGAGUUGAGGCUGGCCAGGCAUCACUGUACAAGUACAUCUUCCCCGCACAUCUGCCAAAACCAACUCUGGCUGUGAUUGGCCUCAUCAAACCCCUGGGCUCCAUGAUACCCACAGGAGAAACUCAAGCCCGAUGGGUUGUUCAGGUCUUAAAAGGUGCGACUACGUUACCACCGCCAAGUGUCAUGAUGAAAGAAGUUAAUGAGAGGAAGAAAAACAAGCAUAGCGGGUUCGGCUUGUGCUACUGCAAGGCUCUGCAAACAGAUUAUAUAACAUACAUAGAUGACCUCCUGACCUCUAUCAACGCAAAACCGGAUCUGUGGGCCAUGCUCCUGACUGACCCGCGCCUGGCUCUGACCAUCUUCUUUGGCCCCUGCUCACCUUACCAUUUCCGCCUGACUGGUCCAGGAAAAUGGGAAGGAGCCAGAAAGGCCAUCUUGACCCAGUGGGACCGAGCACUGAAGGUCACCAAAACUCGAAUCGUACAAGAAUCCACAUAUUCCUUUGAAACUUUGCUUAAGCUCUUUGGUGUUCUGGCUUUGCUUGUGGCUGUUUUCAUGAUUUUCCUCUAAGUGAUCUAACUGGCUUUUCAGACACGUAGACCGUUCUGCUC